UUUGACUCGAACGAUACAUAUAAUACCCUGUAAUAUAUGUAGAAGAGAAGGUAGGCGACAGAAUGUUCUGAUUUCGCUUGCAACAACUACGGUGUCAGUAUCACGAAGACAAUUGAUUUGUGUGUAUUAAAAUUUUAAUAUUAUUUCAAUUGUGUAAAUCCGUACACUAGAACUUUUUGAAAAAUGUUUGUCAAGAUAUAGUCAUAAUUGACAAUACAAUUUUUUAUCUCGUUUUGUUUGAUAAAAUGGAAUAAUUUCGAAUUAUUAUAAAAAUCAUGAAAUUAUUAUUUCAGGAAAUUAUUAUUCAUCUUAUAUUCUGGAAGACGCUAUUAAACUUCUGUGCUACAGAAAUCGUAAAAAGAUCGCCUCUAGAGCUUGGCUUUGUGACAUUUCCUGAAGUUGAAAAGCCCCGAUUUGUUUUAUUUAACAUGACCAAAGUGGAGGAAGUGAAGUCGCCAGAAAAAGAUUUUCAUGAUUUUACAUCAAGAACGCCUCUUGUUCCCAAGAUUUCACAUAUAAGUCAAUGGAUACAAGGUGAAGUUAAACAUCAUGCCUUCAUACCUCCGCAUCUUCAAAAUAUCUUCAUGCCAGUUGUGAUUUCCAUUAAGGAACCACUAGCAGCUGUGCAACAAUUUUAUCCGGAUAUUAUUGGUGGAUAUGGCCUUGGCCAUCAUUCAGGAGGGCAAGGAGCUGGGCAUGGCUAUCAAAUUAUUUUCAAUUAAAAUUCAAUAUAAUAUUCUGUAAUUCAUAUUCUAAUAAACGUAAGGUAAAUAUUAUAUCAUUUGAAAGCGGUAUACUGCAGAAGCAGAUCAAGAACAACAAGAAAUUACGUCAGAUAAGAACAAACUGAGAAUUAAUGAAAACCAAAAUAAAUUUUAAUUUGAAUUUAUGAAAA